UUUAGGCAAGCGCGACAAGAUCCUAGCGAAUCUGUAGGCACAUAAUCAUACACGCCUGAAAAGACUGUCAUAUAUUGUUGUGGAAAUUUUACAAAGGAUUUUCCUAAGUUUUCCCCUUAGGAGCUUUAUGAAUACGUGCCCUGGUUUCGAUUAUACUGUGAUGCCUCUGGUUAUGUUGCGCUACCAUAAGAAACCAGACACCUAGUUGAAAUGUUAAAUUUAAUAUUCUUAUCUUACAAUAACAUACAUCAAAACUUUUAGAAACUGGGUUACCAACAUGUAUAUCUUGGAGAAAGUUGUUGGCUGACGUUUAUCUUAACAACGUGAUGCCUUCACAUGCAAUAGUGACGUACUAUUUGUUGUUAAUUUGCUGUCCGCUGUGCUUCGGAAAUACCAGGAGGAGACUUAAAGAUGAAGAACAUAUAGUCUCAAGACGUUUCAUUUUUGACAGCAACCACCACUUCACAGGCUGGGCGUCAUGGCAACAGUAUGCGGCAUGUUCUACAUUAUGUGUUAGCGGGUAUGAAAAACAAACAAAGGAAUGCUGUGACACAGGGGACAACAGAAUUUGCUAUAACAUUCCGUGGGACCAACUUAAGAGCAGAAUUGGGACUUGCCCUACUACAACAACAACAACAACAACAACAGAGGCCGUAGUUGAUGGUCACUGGUCGAAUUGGAAUCCGUGGAGUUACUGCACUGCGACAUGUGGUGGGGGACUUAAAACUCGAUACAGGAACUGCACAUACCCAGACCACAGCCUGCAUGGGAAAUUCUGUCAGGGCUCAAACAACGAAACUCGUGCAUGUAGCACAUAUCACUGCCCAGUUGAUGGUACCUGGUCGAACUGGAGUCUAUACAGUAGAUGUUCAGCAACCUGCGGAAAUGGUACUCAUAUCAGAACCAGGACUUGUAACUUUGACCCGAGGUACUUCCGUGGUGCUAACUGUGUGGGAACUUCAAAACAAACCGACACUUGCUGGGCUGGAGCAUGUCCAGUUGACGGUGUUUGGCUAACAUGGUCUUAUUGGACCGCAUGCACAGUCACUUGCGGAGGAGGUGUACAAACCCGCAACCGUGACUGCCACUUCCAAAAACACAUGCCGCAGGGGGAUUAUUGUGUCGGGACAGGCAAUGAGCAUCAGACUUGUAAUGACGACACAUGCCCAGUGGACGGCAUUUUCUCGAUAUGGUUAAGAUGGUCAAAGUGUACAAGAACUUGCGGCGGCGGAGAACAGACGAGAAAUAGAACGUGCGUGUUCAGUCCACCUGAUGCCCCUCGUGGCCAAAAUUGUAUUGGUCCAUGGAACGAAACUCAACCGUGCAAUGAGAACUCGUGUCCCUGUAAGUCAUUUUCCUACUUGAAUGUGGAGUUUUGAUACCAAAAUAUGCAGGUGAACGCCAUUGAUAUAAACAUUGAAGCAGUGUUUCUUUUUCUUCUUUUUUUUCUAUAUUUUAGAAAGUUAAUUUUACUAAACAGCUCACUUUUUGCUAAAUGCUUUGGAAAUACCUACUGAUAUCUUCAAUUUUAAGCGUGCGCAGAAAUAACAAUUUAAUUCUCCUCUUAUUUAAUCCGUAAUAUUUGCGUUAUUAUUGUUCAUUCUUGUUAUUAUAAUUUAAAAUCAAAGCACUGAGAAUAGGUAUUUCAAUGACCUUGACCUUUAAUGUAAACAAAUAUGGCGGCCGCCGAUUGAAAGUAGGUAGUGCCGCUCGUUUGAAAACUCAUAAAUUCACUGGUGAUUUUUUCGGCGGAAAAGACAUUGUUUUUAAAAAUCGGUGAAUCUUUGCUUUUAUUUAGUAACAUAGAAAGUUGGAAAUGAAUUUCGAUUUUAUAAUUAGAGCAGCAAACAAAAAGAAAUUUCUACAGAUGAUGGAUUAGGCCUACCUUGCAAGUAGGCUAUUAUUGCAGAAAUAUAAUCAUUAUCAACAGCAUUUACAAGCGAUAUGCCUCCAAAAUUUUCAAUCGAAGAGUGCUCACUUCGCAUGCGCAACGGAAGUUAUGAAAUUCUUUGGGAGAAGCAAUUAUUCACUUUCUGUUACUAUCACCACUAAAGGGGAAGUAAUUAAAACAUUGUUAUUUAUGCAUUCUGAAACUUAUCCCUUUGUUGGAAGUAGUGGUCUCCCUUUUGUUUACAUUUUUUCUUCAAUCAAGAGAGAAAAAGUAGGAAAAACAGUUUUAUGGAGAAGAAUCUUUUUUGCAAUAAAUUCAACUAAUUUUCUAACAUUUUUAGAAAGAUAUUGCUUUAAGAAAUGAAGUAAUAUUUUGAAAAAUAGGAAAUGUAUUUUUUUUAAAAAUCUCAUUGAAAUAGCUACUGAGAGGACUGACCUUGACAGCUUCUGGCAAUGGACAUGAACAGUUAGCUUAAGUUUGGUCAUACUACUUUGGAAAUACUUUUGAUAGAUAAACAUUUUCAACCCUUCUUUACCAAAUCAAGGGGUAAAACUCAAAAUCUUUGUUGAAUUAAAACCAUUUUUAACAAAGCAAUGGGGAAACACUACUUUUACUGGAACAGAAAAUAUGGGCAAAGGUCAUGGACUAACUGAUAAUUAUGUGAUGUUUAGAGAUUCUAGUUAUAACAAGAGCUUAAAGAUCACUUGCAUGAAAAGACUGAUCACUGCGCACUAACCUUAAAUCACUAAUCAUGGGUCAUUUAUAAGCCUUAAAUGACUUCCGUGUUAAAAAUGUGAUCUCAGAAGUUUUCAAAAAGUAAAACAAACUUGAAUUACGUAAAAAUCAGUGGUACGGUUAAUCUGUGGGCACGCUCCGCUGCCCACGAAAACAUGUUUACAGAGGCCAAAAGAAAACAAAACAAAAAAAAACAACAAAAAAAACAAGAAACAACAACGACUCUUUCAAGAGAUCUAAAGCCGACGCUAUGGUUCCGAUUCUUGGACGAUAUAUUCUUGAUCUGGGACCAUUCUUAUAAAAUUCAUUAGUGUCAUCAAUAAAUUCCAUUGAUCAAAUUUUCACAUGCUAUUUCUCUGGAGGAGGUGUCCUUUCUGGAUGUGACUGUUAGAAAGACUGGUUCAUUAUAUAUUGAAACAAGUGUUUAUGUGAAAAAUACUAACAUUCAUCAAUAUGUAGAAUAUUCUUCUAGUCAACCCAAAUCUUGUAAAGAUGGAAUACUUCAAAGCCAAACAAAAAGGUAUAGAAGAAUUAUUUCGAAUUAUAACUGUUUCCAAAAGUCAGACUUUUAUUCUAGAACGAAAUUAUCCACGUGAACUUGCUGACAGAACUGUUGAAAAAGUGUCAAAGUUAAGGCAAGAACAGGCACAAUCUGACUAAAGUACUUGAUCUUCUAAACGAAGAUCUGAGAACGACCCAUUCACAUACGUCUUCUGUAUAUUUUGGAUUUCCAGUAUUGCUAUUUGUAUUUUAAUCAAUCAGACGACUUGUUCGAAUGUCAAAGAGUAAGAAAAAUGUGCAGUCAUUCUAGGGCUCGAACCCGGGAGCCCUCGCUUAGAAAGCAAGUGGCCUACCGACUGAGCUAACCGGCUAUCUGCUACAUUACGAGAUAAGAAUUGUAAAUUUCAAAAGUCAAGGCUACAGGUAGAUUUGCAAAAUGUUGUAAGUUAAGCUCUGAUUCGCUAGCGAAAGGGUCGUCAGAACGAGGCUAUGAAUAGGUCGUUCUCAGAUCCUAUGCGUAGCGUAAUAGGAGAUGUACUUCAGUCAGAUUAAGAACAGGCACUAAAUACUACUGAAAAUCUUUAAAACUCUUUGAUACCGUUUGUUAUUGGGUACAAUCCUUCUUUACCUAUACUAUAGGAGCCAUGCACAAGUACUGGGACUUGUUAUGCCUUUCAAAGAAUGAAAGUGUAACAUUUUUACAUACUUUCAAAUCAGUUCUAGCAUUUAAACGUGCCAAAAAUGUUCGGGACUUUUUAGUUCGUUCUUCUUUCAAAUGUUUACAAGAUAGUGAUACUAUUUACUCACAGAGAUGUAACAGGCGGAGAUGUACACACUAGACUAAAUUUCAAUUAAGACAAAGGAGCCCACUCGCUCGGAAAUAUUCGUAGAUAGUCUACGUGUAGAACUUUUUUUACAAUUGGUAUAUAAUGUUUCGAAGGGUUUGAGUUCAGAUCUCGGCGAGGUGAUUCUGGUUUUGGUUUUAGGAUUUUUAAAUAUAUUGAUUUUAUUUUCAGUCAGAAAAGAUGAUUAUUUUAUACAAAACGAGUUUCUAUAUUUGAUUUACAUUUAACUGCUAUACAGCAUAGAAGUAAUCAACAAGCAUUUUUUCAAAACAAACUUCCAGUCUUUUAGGGGAGUAAUAUAUUCAUUUUGUUUUCACUUACACAUCUAUGAGUUUUUAUUAUUAGAAACUUACACCAUACCCGUCAUACUCAAAAACGUGUUUAUUUUUUCUAUUUCAUCAUCAGAUAUAAAAUUUUGGCAUUAUUUAUCUUUAAUCAAGAUAUAACAUGUUCCCAAACGCAGUUCAUCGUAGAAUACCCCGUGUUUUGAGUUCUUAUGCGUAAGAAUAGAUCACGAAAUCCGUAGGCCUGAGUAGUAUAUUGUUUCGCAUUAUAAGAACGAAAAACUCGGGUUAUUCUACGAUAAAUCAAAUUUUGGAACUUGUUAUUUCGAUUCUAACACGACAUACUAGCUCUAGUAUCAACAGUGUUGUAAAGAUAGUAACUAAUUUAGCGACCGUGCUAAGCACCUGGAUCGGAUGACGUCAUUGCACGCGCAUGGGUUAUUGCAGAAUUAUUUGCUCUACAUGUAUGUAGGUUAUAUGCUAGUCGUGUUAGAAUACUGUAUAAAUGACGUUUCGUUUGUUCAAUAUAGAUCUAUGAUAAUGCGAGAUAAUUAUGUAUAUUUAGGAUAUAAACUAAAAAAUAUUCACUUAGAAUAAAAAGCAAGCAACUCUGAUCAAUCAUUUGAAGGUGUUGAUAGCUAGAUAUGUAGAUUUAAUUUUAAAAAAAUGACUGCCAUUUCGAUGAAGUCAUAACUCAAUCCAGUUGGCGUCAUGGCUAAAGAAUGAAUUUCAGACAUGGCGGAACAAAUAGGUAUACGUCAAAAUUAAUCUUUUUCCAAUCGCACGGGACCCAACUUGACUAUGGCAUCUAAAAACAAAGAAAAAUAUCAAACAGGGAGUGCCACGCACCAAAAGCGCAGCCUCCUCAAAACGAACCCCCCAGCACGCAAACGCGUGCACCACACUCACACUCAAAGCUUACACAUCAGGACAAAACGAACAACACACACACACACACACACACACACACACACACACACACACACUCAAAACCAACACAUAAGGACAAGACGAACAAUAAGCAUACACACAUGCGCGCACACAAAGUAAACACACAAGGACAAAACGAACAAACAAAGGAACACAGUGGGGCACCGCCUUGGAACGGUCAGUGGCAAAAACACCACUGGGGAGCUUAAACCGGUUUAUGGUGCGCGCCCAACCUCACUCUAAGGCGAAACACUAUAACUUCUCUUUUAAAAAGCUUUAUUGUUUUAUAUCUAUGGAGAUGUAUCAAUAUGUCUGAAAACACCAACAAUAAGCACCAAAUGCGAAAGUUAGUACGAUAUGGAAACUAAGUAUAUGUUAAACGUACGUUGGCUUAAUAUGUCCUAGCACUUAUACAACACUCUUAUCCACUAAUAUUGAGGCACCAGAGGUCCUCAGUACUCUCCGCGUGAGGCUCCUACAAUAUUUUUAUUUUAUACCACAGUCACACAUACGGCGCGGUUAGCUACGUCUAGCAACGGAUAAAAACGUAGUAAUCCGUAUCGAUCCGUACCUGAGCCGUACUGAUUGGUACGGAUUGAUACGAAUUACUACAUUACAGUACGGCUCAGGUAUGGAUCGAUACGGAUAGAUACGGAUUACUAUGUUUCUACCCGUGGCUAGACGUAGCUAUCCGCGCCGUAUGUGUGACUGUGGUAUUAGCGAAUGCUUUAGAAAUUACUAAAUUAUAACGUAAUGCAGACAGAUUUAUUGCCGUAAUCUGAUCAGUUUUUCUUCCAUGCUAGAACGGAUUUUCCUUGGUUUUGUCGGUGCUAAAAAACUCGUCUUACAUCACUGGGUUUAAGAUGACUCAUGUGUUGCAGUUUAUGAUAGAAUGCGUAAAUCCCUACACUACUAUAGUUAAAAAGUGCACAAAAGAAAAUCUUUCUUCCUUUAAUCAAAGAAUACAAUAUGUAAGGAAAAAGUCUAUUACUAGCUGAAUGUGCGGAUGAAAUAUCUGGCUCCCGAGUAACUGUUUUUCGGUAACUCGGGAGAACCUCGUUACCUCCUAAACCUGAACAAAUGUAGUUCAUAUAGUGUAAAAAUCAGAUGAAAGGUUAAUUUAUUCAUCAUUGUUAUGACCGAGUUGCAUUUCGAAAUAUUCCGUUUCUAAGAUAAAUGGUUAAACUAUCUAGAUUUUUACUGUCCAAAACUAUGGAUUAAAAUGCCAUACUUCAAUUUUCUACUUUAAAUGUGUGAAUACAUUUACUUAAGAAACAUUGUUUAAAAAACGUUAAUACUUGACCGUAGAUGUAAACGUUUUCAUUCUCUCAGUGGAUGUAUCUUUUGGAAUGAUUUGUAUUUCAACUUAAAAAUGAUGGACUCAAAUAAUGUUUGUUUUGACUUAUUUUGAAGGGAAAGUAUUUUCAGGGCGAAGCUGUAGCAGCAUCAAAUGCAGACGACACGAUAUGUCACGUAGAUAUCAUUUUCAGAAGAUAAAUUUAAUGAUCUUGUCUUUUUUGUUAAUAUGUAUUGUUUUUUUUUUUUUUGUAAUUUAAUGAAGCAUGAUUUUUUAACAUGUAAAUGUCUGAAUGAUUAUUGAGCAUGAAGAGUAGAGAUAACGUGUAUGUGGCUCUUGAGCUCAGAUAAUCUAAACGUCUAAAUCUAAAUCUAAAUCCCAGACAUUGAGUUUACAUCCCGAUCUUACAGCAUAUUUUUUUCAUGCUUUUGUGCAUAUUUUAUCCGGUAAGUUUGUUCAUGCUUUUCCCUUUUGUUUGUAUUUAUACCGUUUGUAUAUCUUCGUCCUUUUGUUCACUUUAGUUCGAUUGUUUAUCUUUAGUCUGAUUGUUUAUCUUUAGUCUGAUUCUUUAUCUUUAGUCCGUUUGUUUAUCUUUAGUUCGAUCGUUUAUCUUUAGUCCGAAUGUUUUUCUUUCGUCAGAAUGUUUAUCUGUAGUAUAAUUGUUUAUCUUUAUUUCAGGAGGAACAGCAUUCUCACACGCCAGUGCUCUUUCGGACGUUGCUAUUUUGUUUCAUGGUUAAAGAUAUGCUUCGUAUGUGUUUAAUAAAAACGAUGUAACUGUGA